GGGGGAGGAGUGGGAGUCGCUGGCCGGGAAGGGCUGAGGCUCCAGUAACCCCGGCAGGGAGGGGGAGAGGGAGGGGCGGGGCAGGAGCCCCCUGGAGUGCGGGAUCGUGGUCGGGACCCGGAGCGAGAGACCCCUCCACACGCUCAGCGCCGCUUCUUCAGCCAGCAGGCCCCGGCCGGCCCGGCGAUGGAGUUUCCGGACCUCGGGGCUCACUGUUCCGAGCCGAGCUGUCAGCGCUUGGAUUUCCUGCCGCUCAAGUGCGACGCCUGCUCCGGCAUCUUCUGCGCAGACCAUGUGGCCUACGCCCAGCAUCACUGUGGAUCUGCUUACCAAAAGGAUAUCCAGGUACCUGUAUGCCCACUCUGUAAUGCGCCUGUGCCUGUGGCCAGAGGGGAGCCCCCUGACCGCGCUGUGGGGGAGCACAUCGACCGAGACUGUCGCUCAGAUCCAGCACAGCAAAAACGUAAGAUCUUCACCAAUAAGUGCGAACGCUCUGGCUGCCGGCAGCGAGAAAUGAUGAAACUGACCUGCGAGCGGUGUGGCCGAAAUUUCUGCAUCAAGCACCGUCACCCACUGGACCAUGAUUGCUCCGGGGACAGUCACCCCACCAGCCGGGCAGGACUUGCUGCCAUCUCCAGAGCACAAGGUCUGGCUUCUUCUACAAGCAGCGUCCCCAGCCCAAGUCGGACAUUGCCUUCAUCUACCUCUCCCAGCAGAGCGACAACCCAGUCUCCGUCCCAGACAGCCCCUCCAGUGAUUGCCCUGCAGAAUGGCUUGAGUGAGGAUGAGGCUCUGCAAAGAGCUCUGGAAUUGUCCUUGGCAGAGACCAAACCCCAGGCCCCAAGUUCUCAGGAGGAAGAAGACUUAGCUUUAGCACAGGCCCUGUCGGCCAGCGAGGCAGAAUACCGACGGCAGCAGGCCCAGAGCCGCAGCUUGAAGCCGUCCAACUGCAGCCUGUGCUAGGGCCCUGGGCUUGGGGAGGGAGGCUCAGCUGAGGAGGACUCUGGCCCCCACACCUCUAGGGUACACAGGGAGAGGAGGCUGGGAGCAGCCAGGAGUGAAGAUGAGGAGGCCACCUCCGGGGAGCGUCCGGAGGAGCAGCGUGUGGAGCCAAGCUUGCAGAAGGCCCGCUGGCCUCUCCAGCUGCCCAGGAGAGAGCAGCUAGAAGUGUCCGGUGGGUGGGCCCUUGGCGAAUGCUGGCCAGGCCCCGUACAGCCCCCUGCAUUUUUUCAUCCCCUUUACACUGAGGCUGCCCCCAUGUGUAGGGCGCAAGGAGGGGCCUGAAAGGAAUAAAGGAUCUUGGCAGUCACUAAGA